GCCAUAUCAACGAUAAAGACAUUCAUUCCCUACCCAACACUCUAGUGGAUUACGCCCUAACUACAUCGCUGCCAAAAGACAAUCAACUCAGUUCCUCAGCAUUGGAGCUACUCACAUGUGUGCAACACCUCGUCUCAUGGACUCGAACUGAAUUGAUUUCAGAAUAUUUUCUUAUGAGCAUUUUAGACUUAGCACAAUGGCGUGCUUCCCAGCCUGACAUCUCAUUGGCGGCGCUAUCUGUGCUAAAUGAGCUGAUGUAUCUUCAAAAGCCACUGCCGCACGCUUUAACGAUGAUGACGGGUAUAAAUGGCCUUUUGGAACAACAUAAUACCGCUAAGCAUCAAAGCGAGAUGUAUACAGACAAAUUCAGGGAACUCUUGCGACUCUACACUGACCGGUAUUGGUCGAAGAUGCUGCAGCAGAAUGAUUUAUUAGAAUCAUUUCUCAAAUCGUUGUACUGUUGCACAAUUUCAAAAAAUGGUGCGCUAGAUUUUACGGAAAAGUUGGAGAUAUGGACUCCUAUAAUAAAGGGUAUUGUGCUGAGCUCAAAACAAAAUCGCUACAAUGAUGUAUUCUAUCAACUAGUCGUGGAAAUAAUGCGUCGCAUAUUGUUUGAGUUCAAUAAAUCAGAGUUGGAGCUGUUAGACAACGAGUUGAUGGAAGAAAAUACACAAACUGAGUGGCAGCAAUUUUUGUCACAGUGUAUCGAAUGUGUAGCUCUUUUAGCGGAAUCUCGCCCCAAUGCUGUUUUCGCACAAGUUUCCGCCCAAUGGACACGACCUCACGUUUACUUGCUGUCUUUAGAAAAUGAUCUCGAUAGUGGAAAACUAUAUGAGUUGGGUAGAAAGCUGAGAAGUCAAAGUUUUAAUGAAUAUCUGCGUGAUUUAUCAACUGUUUGCCAAGCUGUAGUGCGUUUGUCCCCACUAUUGGAUGCCAGCUCACCAGAAGUGGGCGCAGAAGUAACAAGUCAAUUAAAGUUGCUUACUGAAAACCUCUUGACAUUGCUCAAAUUCUUUAGUAGUAACAAAAUUGCAACAUUAAACCUUGAUAAGUCGACGUUCCAGACUGAUUUUGAUUACUUAUAUGCUCAAAUACUAACCGCGUUGCGAAGCAUAUUACCUAUAUCGAUUAAUUUGAAGCAAGAUGAAGUGAUUCAAUGCCUCUUAGAUGCGCUCGGGGUUAUCUUAUUGCCAGACAAUGUCGCAGUGGCACCGGUAGUUGCGAUAUCAGCAAGUCAAUUGCUACUCUGUAUUUCGACUGUGAUAAGACCAAAACGUUUAUUAGAAACGCUAUUCGUGCUUCGGCUUAUGCAAGCCGGCCCCAAAUUGGCACAUUUACCGCGUCAAGCUAUCGCCAACAUCUAUAUUAGCCUUACAGGAUAUUUAGCUCUACCGUGGAAAACUAUCGAAGAGCAGCAGCAGGAUUGUUCAUGGCGUUGUAAUCAUCUUUGCGAGUAUGUCAAAUGCGUGGCACAAAAUUUGCUUGAACUUGAUUCACACGCAUCUGUUUCGAAAAUUUCAUCUAUCAUGCCAAAUAAUUUGAGCAUUUUCAGUGAAGUCAUAGAAUAUUUUAAGGACUCUUGCAAUACAACAAAAGACAUGUUAGCAAAUGCAUUUAAGCCAAUCAUCACGAAAGCAUUAAUGCUUUUCAACAAUUUCGGCAUAAGCAACAAUGUAAUAUCCAUUUCUGCAGCCGAGUUCAGUUUAAGUAUACUUCGUAGUUUGUUAAACCAAUUUGGUGCGCAAUUUAUCAAAGACAUGAUCGCGCUCUACAUAACAGUCAGCAGCAGAGAACAACUGAGUUUUAAUCAGUUGGCAGUUUUGGAGAAAAUAUUGCAGAUGUUCCAGAUCAUCGUACAGCAGCCGGGAAACACUUGGACCACCAUGCUGCCUUCCAUUUUAAGUUUCACCAUUGACCAGGUGCUGCCUUUAAUACAGCAACAUGACUCCAGCUUGGUUGACGGCACUGAUUUAAGCAGUAUGGUCUAUGUGCUCUUUGAUAGUGUUUUGCUUCAUAAGUGGCAGUAUUUCUACAAACCGCAUGUACAGUAUAAUGGUUCGCUGUUGCAUACCAGUAGUGAUAAUAUGCAUCCAGAACAUUUUAUGGCCAUUCUGAAUGCUUACGGACAAGUGCUGGUGUCCGGCAAUGAUCCAAAUCUCGUACGCAAGGUUUUGCUAUCGAUGCAGACUGUUAAUGAGCGUUGGCGCCUAUUUCAGCGCGCUCUCUUCCAAGACAGUCUACUCACCUCAUUUCAGCGCGCACUAAUAAACAUAUUACUAUCUGGCGAGGGUUCACUGCAUUUCGACCUAUUGGCGAACGUACUUUACGCCAUGGGUCAAGUUGAUAAUUUAAAGUUGCGCGAAAGUUUUGUAACGGCCGGAUUUCCAGUGAAUCCGAAAUAUUUGGACGUGAUCUGCUUAUCAACUGACAUUCCAACAUUUUCACAAAAGUUAUCCCAACUGAUACAGGAUGCGCAUAGUGUACAUCUAACGCAAACAUAAAAAAAUCAUAAUUAUCGUGACAUUUUCAUACGCCACUAAGCAUGUGUAGAACAUAAGUUUAUAUAUAUAAGUAAAGUAUAUGUAUGUAUGUAAUAAAUUUAUAUGUACGCAUUUCGUGUAAGACAAGUUUACAGUUUUUAAAUGACUGUUUUAUAAAUAUUUGUAUUUAACGCAUAUACAUCGCUAGCUUAGAGUGCAAAGUUGGUAAGUCCAAAUUUAACAAUUGUCCAGGUGAGGAAAAAACUUCUUAUAGCCAUUUUCUUCAAGUAUUUCGCAAAACUCUGAAUACAACAUUUUGCCGGUUUAAAGCAAAGCAA